CGCAUGUGGCACAUCUGCCCACAGUGAGUGUGAAUGCAAGCUGUAUAGUUAUUGCACGAGACGACAUUCGCUCUUUGCAUUGUCAAAUGAAAUUCUUUUCGCGUGAAAUCUUUCGCCAAAGUCGGAAGUUAUUGGAAUUUAAUUUAUCUAGAGAAAAGGAAUAUAGAAGAAGCCCGUUUCGUUUGUGGGCGAGUCUAAUAAAAACAAGGAAUUUAUCGCAAAUUAAAGGCCCCAGGUUUCGUACAUUUCAUAUUCGCACCAUGAGUUCGGGUGUUGCGUCGACAGUACAAAAAGAUGAUGAAAAUAGCUUGCAAACUGAACAUAGUGACAUCAACGAUAAGCAAUUGAAUAUUCCAGAUGACAACUUGGAGGCGAAAAAGGACGAUCAGGCGUCUGCCACAUCUUCAAAAAAUACAGACAUUUCCAAAACCAAACCUAAGUAUGGAAAUGCUCGUAAGCGCAAGGCAAAACGCAGUGCUUCACAAAAACAAUUACAUAUGACCUAUAAACGUCAAAAAGUCACAAUGGAAGACGCCAUGACUGAAACAAAAUAUUAUUUUGAAAAUGGAUUCCGAAAAGUUGUGCCAUAUGAUCAUAAGUAUGAUACGUUUUGUAAAGGUAGAUGGGAAGGAAAAUCGCUUAGAGAAAUUUACACAUCAGAAUUUCGUUUACACCCUGUUCAAUUCUAUGAAAAGUCAAUAGAAGAGAAAAGACUUAUGGUUAAUUUGGAACCUAUUGAAAGCCUGGAUCAUGUACUGAAGAGCAAUGAUCUUCUAACGAGUGUAGUUCACAGACAUGAAUGUCCGGUCACUGACGCAAAGUUUGAAAUAAUUAUAGAAGAUUCAGAAUGGUUUGUCAUUAACAAACCUUGUAGUAUCCCGAUACAUCCUGCUGGAAGGUUCCGGUACAAUUCAAUCAUAUCUAUAUUAGCGAAGGAAUAUAAUAUGAAAAAGUUAUUCAGUAUUCAUAGAAUUGAUAGGAUGACGUCUGGAUUAUUAUUAUUUGCUAAAACUCAACAACUUGCUCACAAACUGCAUGACCAGUUUAAACAAAGAAAGGUGCAAAAAGAAUAUGUCUGUCAUGUAGUCGGUGAUUUCUCCAAGUUCAAAUUACCUCCCAAAAACGAUCAUCGAAUUAAAGUUGAAAAUAACAUUGUUACAAUCAGCGAACCUAUAAAACUAUUUGACCCAAAAAUUGGAACCUCAGUGGUGAGCCGCGGAAGCCAAGCUAAAGAAUGUGUGACUGACAUUGAAUGCCUUCAUACGGAUGGAAAAACGAGUUUACUUAGUUGUAAACCAAAAACCGGCAGAACACAUCAAAUCAGGGUACAUUUACAAUAUCUUGGCUACCCGAUAUCGAAUGAUCAAAUUUAUAACAGUCCUGCCUGGGGAGAUGAACGUUUCACACUCGGCCCGAUCAAUAAAAAUUUAGGUGAAGUGAAAACAGAAUUAUCAGAAAGAAAAAAAUGGCUUGUUUUAAUGUCAAGUGUUCAUAAGACUAUGGCUGAAGACGAAAAAUUAAAAUCAGGAAGAAAGAAUCCAGCGAAAAAUGAUAAAGAUCCAACAACAGCAAGCUUAAUCCAGCAGAAAAAAUUCGAAGAUGAGGGAUUUGUACCUUAUAAAGCUGAUUGUGAGGAAUGUAUAUACCCAUUACCUGAUCCUACUUCAGAAAACAUGGUCAUGUUUCUACAUGCUCUCAGGUAUAAAGGGCCAAAUUGGAGUUUUGAAACUAAACUUCCCGAAUGGGCCGCAUCCCGCUUGCAGGGGAAGACUAAAUGAUCUUGCCACUAUGCCUCUGUUUGAAGACAUGACAGAGUCAAAAGCCUGUUUGUGGGCGCAAUGAUCUGAUGCAGUGAUUCUCAUACGGUGGGGCACGCCCUACUAGGGUGGCUGGGACAAUCUUUAAAGGAGGAAGCUAAUUAAAAAUAUUUGUUAGAUUGGUUUUGCCUGCCUUAUUUUGGAUAUUUACAUUUCUGCAUUUCGGAUAUUUACAUGCGUGUUUUUCUAAUAAAACAUACUUUCGCCUUA